AGAAUCAGGUGGCUGGAGUCAGGUGACUUCUGGCCCGCCCUCACCCAAAGUCCGGCUGCCGGGGGAAGUCGGUACAGUCCAAAACGGAUCCAGCGUCCGUUGUGGUCGCUGCCCUGAAUCUAGAGGAUCUCAGUUCUUUGAAAUUGAGGAACAUGAUAAGGAGUUGGCUGAUUAUUUUUAUCCUUCUUCCCCUGAAGCUCAUAGAGAAAUGUGAGUCGACAGUCGACCUCACUGUUCCUCCCACUGUGAAGCUGGAAAAUGGAAGCUCAGCCAACAUCAGCAUCACGCUUCAGCAUCCAUUAAAUGCAACCUUGGUGAUCACUUUUCAAAUCACAUUUCGUUCCAAAAAUGUUACUAUCCUUGAGCUCCCUAAUGAAGUUGUGGUGCCUCCCGGAGUGACAGAUUCCUCUUUUCAAGUAACAUCUCAAAAUGUUGGACAAGUUACUGUUUAUCUGCACGGAAAUUACUCCAACCAGACCGGCCCGAGGAUCCACUUCUUGGUUAUCCACAGUAAUGUCGUUAGCAUCAUAAACCAGGUGAUUGGCUGGAUUUACUUUGUGGCCUGGUCCAUCUCCUUCUACCCUCAGGUGAUCACCAACUGGAAGCGGAAAAGUGUCAUUGGUCUGAGCUUUGAUUUCGUGGCCCUGAACCUGACAGGCUUCGUGGCCUACAGCGUGUUCAACAUUGGUCUCCUCUGGGUACCCUACAUCAAGGAGCAGUUUUUCUUCAAAUACCCCAAUGGGGUGAACCCCGUGGACAGUAAUGAUGUCUUCUUCAGUCUGCACGCAGUCGCCCUCACCCUGGUUGUCAUGGUGCAGUGCUUCCUCUAUGAGCGAGGCAACCAGCAUGUGUCCUGGCCUGCCGUCAGCUUCCUGGUGCUCUCCUGGGUCUUGGUGCUCAUCACCGUGAUUUUGGCUGCAGUUGGGGUAAUCACAUGGCUGCGAUUUCUCUUCUGCUUCUCCUACAUCAAGCUCGCAGUGACGCUGAUCAAGUAUUUUCCCCAGGCCUACAUGAACUUUUACUACAAAAGCACCGAGGGCUGGAGCAUUGGUAACGUGCUUCUGGACUUCACUGGGGGUAGCUUCAGCCUCCUCCAGAUGUUCCUCCAGUCCUACAACAAUGAGCAGUGGACACUGAUCUUUGGAGACCCAACCAAGUUUGGACUCGGCCUCUUCUCCAUUUUCUUCGAUAUUGUCUUCUUCAUUCAGCACUUCUGCUUAUACAGAAAGAGACCAGGGCUUCAGGCAGCACACACGGGUUCGGACAGCCGUCCCAGGCAGGAUUGGGUGCUGAGCUUGGAGCCGAAGGCCUUGACCUAAGCAACCAGUGUUUCUGGGAGCAGCUUGAAGGACUGACCCCGCAGUUGUGAGCCAAGGGUGCUUUGUUGCCACUGCUGUCUUCCCAGAGACCCAAGCAGCCAGGUGGUGUGGCCAGUGGACUCAGAGGUGCUGGUGCUCAUGCUGGUGGCAGAGGGGAUAGGACUGAUCUGGGGGUUAGGCCUGGGGGGGGGGGUCCCUUCUCUGAAGGCCACAUGCUCUGAGCAUUCACCUUCCUGACACUCAUUCUGCAUAAUUCAACACCCACAACUGUAAUCACAGGUGGCCCAGGCUAGGGUCUGGUAAAGAAACUGGAUUUCUGAGCCUUGAGGUGCCCAACAGAUUGGUUCUGAGCUAGGCUUACGCCCAAACCCUCUGGAUCUUUAUCACACUACCCCCCUUUGGGAUUUUUUGUAGGGAUGUUUUGGAAGUGAGUGGCUUAAUUUCUUCACCUUCUGCCUACCUCUACUUUCCCAGAGUCAGGGACCCUAUGUACCCCUUCAACUGCUCCUUACCUUGUGUCUUGAGUAUAGGACACGUGUGCGCAUGCACACACACGCACACCAUUCUGUGCCUUAGAGGCCAGUAAGACCUGCCAAUUGGUGAGAGUAGCUCCCCUGUAGGGGAGGGCUGGCCCCCUUCCUUCACUUACCCCAGACCCCUACCUGAGACUCACCAAUUUUUUGGCUAUUCAGGAGCCUCACCUAAGGACUUGAGACCAACUCACAUAGUCCUCAUGGGCCCAACCCUUACUCCAAACCUCCUUCCCUCUUUUCCCAGGCAGCUGUCCUUCCUGUGGCAGGAGGGGAGGGUCCCAGGAUGUGCCUUGUCAGCUCACUCUCAGACUUUUUACUACAAGAUUAAUGAGGUGCUUGUAUAUCCCUAAUUAAAACCUGAUUUGUUUCCUUUCUGCACACGGAGCAUUUUGCCAGAUGUGGGAGACAGGUGUGUUGGCUUCAGAACCAAUCCUUAGGGUUUAGGGAGACAGCCCUACUCACUUCACGUAAGGAAACGCAUGGGUUGCAAAGUAUGCUGAUGGCGAGGUAGCUGCAUACUGACCUGGCAGUUCAUCAAGGGAAGCCUCUUGGGUAGUGCAAGAUGCCUGCCUGCUCAGGGGCAGGGAGGUCACACGGGUGCCAUGUCUCUACAGGGCAUGGUGCUCAAGCUGGGGUUGUGAGCAUGGGUUGGAUGGGUUAAGGGCACUCUCACUGAGGGGGAAGGGAGGGUGUCUUAUUUUUCAAUGAUUCCUCUAUCCACAUUAUCAGAGAAUUUAGGAUUUUGUUUCCCUAAAGCAGAGAUUGUAGAAAUGGGAGAUUUCAGAUUUGAAACUUCGAAAAGCUGGAUUUGGCAUUUGUAGGUGGGUCCACAAAUGACAGUAAGUCCAAGAGCUGGUAGGGCAACCGGUGCUGGGCCAGGCAGAGGCCCCGGGCGGGUCUCCAACUUAGCCCCGUCUCAUCAGGCCACAGUCCCUGGAAAUGUGGAGCCGCACUCCUGUCUGU